UUAUUUCAGAGAAUGCCUUACAAUCUGGGAUGGACGAAACUGUUAGUGAAACUUUCUUGUGUGAUUUUGAUAGCGUGUAGCCUACUAUACUGGACGCGAUAUCAUAUAUUACUUUAUGAAGGUAGAAAUAAUAAACAAUUAACAGAUUUUUCAGUGAAAUCGACGUUAAGACAACUGUACAAAGAACGAGUGCAAAAUAAUAUUCCACUUGAUUUUACGUUUAUUGACAAUAGCUGGAAAUUAUCUAAACUGUGUAAACCAUACAAAAUGUUCCUAAAUAAGAGUGAUUUCCCUUUGAUUAAGUAUACAUCAAAUGCUGGAAGCGUGAAAAUAUUUACACACUCUUUAGACGAUGGAAUAUCAUCUAUAAUCAACAGAACAGGUGCUUUUGAAGGGAAGACAAUAAACAGAAUAUUAUAUGAGUUGAAACUAAAUCCACAUUUAAAUUUAAUCGAUAUUGGAACAAAUAUUGGACAGCAUUCUAUAGCUGCAGCAUUAAUCGGGCGUGACUCGAUUGCAAUUGACGCUGCAAAAUCAAACAUCGAACACGUGUGUGCGUCUGCCCAUUAUUUAAAUAUUGGAUCGCGAAUAACAUUGAUUCAUAAUAUUUUGUCCGAUACGCAUGGACAACGGCAGUUCCGAUACAGUGCAAAAAACAAUGAUUUCGGAUCUAUACAUGUUAAUUCUGAUGGAAUAUGGGACAAAAUGAAGAAACAAUACAAUGGAUAUUUUAGUAAUAACACGGUCAAAGAAAAUUCCGUCACAUUAGAUGACAUUUUAUACCUUCCACAGAUACAUAAGUUUAAAAAAGUAUUUGUUAAACUUGAUGUCGAGGGUCACGAACACAGGGUGCUUUUAGGUGGAAAAGAAUUCUUCAAACGACUAGAUGUGCAUGGUAUAAUAAUGGAGUGGGCGUGGCAUGUAAAGCGACAGUCAGCUGAAAUAAUCAAAUCUUUUAUGACUGAAUGGAAAUUUAAACCAUUUAAGAUGUUCGAAACAGAAGAGAGAGAUCUUAGUGCAAUACAUUCUGACCAGUGGCCACAAGAUGUUCUGUGGCUUCCAUUAAAGCAUUUAAAUUAUUGAAAAAUAAUCAACAGAAGACAGUGGUCCUGUAACUUCAUGUCAACUAGUCAAUACACCCACACGUCAUAGAACACGACACAAUUCAUCCCACACAACAAAUUUUAAAGAAAGCUUUAAAUCUAAUAGGCCCUGGCUAUACUGCAAGAAUGAGCAAACUGAUGAUGACAUUGAAUUCGAAACUAUGUACUGCUCCCUUUGUCAGAAGUGGAACAAAUGGAAGUACCACUUGGAACAAAAGUGGUUGUGUUUCAAUGCGUCAAGACGUCAUUAAAAAUCAUGAGUUGUCCACAAUGCACAGAACUGCAGUUUCAAUGGAAUUGAGUGAUCAAGAUAGUUAUACUGAAACUGUCAAUGAAUUGAACAAUAAAGAAUCUCAAGCUUUA